GUACGACAUAAUAGUGAUAAUAGUGCAAAGCUGGGCUUUGAUAGCCAGCGCUCCUUAAGCCAACGCUCCAGUUCGCAAUAGUCCACCCGAGCAGUUCGAUCCGGUCGCUCGACACCAACAAUAUCCUACGACGUGAUCCGGGACUCCGCGGAACCAUUACGGGGUAUCGGAGCGGUGAUAGUAUCGUCGUAACAUCGCCCGGGGUCUACCUAUACGUGCCACGGCCCGUGUGACAUACGAUCGAGCGAUUCGCAACAGUCGCCCGUGCCCGCCGCCGCCGCCGCCGCCUCCGCCGUCGUUUCGUAUGCUCUCGCUCGCCUGCAACAAUCAAUAAUCCGCUCGAUUGGGUCCGUUGCGCCCUUUAGCGCGGGGUGUCCGAUCACAUCCAACACCGUCUUUUCGCCCGUCCGUUCGCCAGCAACAACCAUUGAUUUCAGGUGAGUUAAUUGUUUGCUACAGUUCGGCGGUCGUGGAUUUAGGUGUCCUGUUCUCAAUUAUUCGAGCGUCCACGUCGUGCGUCCGACGACGAUUGUGUGGUACACGUACCUACCUUCAAUUGCCAAAUUAAUAUUACCUAGAUAGAAAUUAUAUGUAUUUAAUGCCGUCGCACAGUGCUUUUUUAAUGAGCGGCCGGAAUCACUAAACGUUUUAUUGAAUAUUUACCGUGAAUAACUAACCUUUGCGUUAAAAAUAAUAAUUUUAAUAACAGAGGUGUAUGCACCACUUUAAACGUGUACAAAUUUAUCGUUGCCGUUUCUUAUUCAUACAAAAUAUAUCUUAGGAUCAAUUUUAAUUGUGGCUGUUUUUAAAUAAUAUAAAAAAUAAACUUUGUCUUCUUAAUUGGGUGAUAUGUUGUAGAUUUAUGGUGUUGAUAGAUUAGGUACCUAAUGCAUUGAUUUACCUAUUGCUUUUAAAAUUACUGAUCACCAAAAUUGAAUUCUCUAGUACUUGUUUUGUAAAAUCAGUCUUCCACGGUUAUAAUUAUAAUCUAAACACAUUAUAUUCUGUGUGACUUUAAACUAUAAACAGCAAUAUAGAUAAUAAAAUUAAAUUUUUACAGCCGUUUUGGAAAAACAAAAUGUUCUUUACAAACACAAAUUUAUGCUACAUUAACAAAGUCUCAAAAUAAAUCCGAAGUCUCGGAAAUGGCAAAGAAAAAUGAUGCAUCACGUUGGAUCAAUGUUUCUGUUGUGGGACUUUCUGGAACAGAAAAAGAAAAAGGUGCUAUUGGAAUCGGUAAAUCCUGUUUGUGCAAUAGGUUUAUGAGAUUUCUUGCUGAUGACUAUAAUGUGGACCACAUCUCUGUAUUAAGCCAGGUAGGUAUCUUAUUAUUAAUUAGAUUUCUUUAAAUGAAAGUACCUACUUAAAAUAUUACAUUUCUAUGUAUAUUUGUUUUAGUCUGAUUUCAGUGGCCGUGUUGUUAAUAACGACCAUUUCUUAUACUGGGGAGAUGUUACGAAAACAUCUGAAGAGGGUAUUGACUUUACGUUCCAAGUUAUUGAACAAACAGAAUUUAUAGAUGAUUCGUCAUUUCAACCAUUUAAAGGUAAAUUAAUUUCUUAAAUAUAAAUAUAUUUCUUGUGUCUUAUGAGAGGAAUUUUUGACAAGACUACAAAAUUGUCUUUAGUACCCAUUCAAAAUGUUAUAAUGUGUUAAGAAAUUUUCCAUUUUUUUUUAAAAAUUUUUUUUUUGUAUGGUGUAUAAUUAAUGAGCAAAAAUAUGUAAUCUGAGACCUAUUGGGCACAUAUAAAAGGUAUGAAUACAUACAAAUAUAUUGAAUAACUACAAUUUAAAAAUACAGUAUGAUAUAAAAUCACCAUUACCCUCACCCUCAAAUUUGUUUAAGUCAUUUUUGAAAAAUCUACAUCAGCUAAAAUAGCUAUUAUUCACAAGUAUUGUAGGUAUUCCUUAUAGAAGUCAGUACCUAUGUUUUUAUAAAGUCUUUACUAUUAAUCAACUAAUAAGAAAUACUUAUAUAAAAAAAUGUCAGGAUAUAUUUAAUACAUAGAGCAAUUUAAGAAAUUAUUCUAAUUGUUCCAAAUUCACAAUAUUUUCCUUUAAUCAAAAAAAUUGUAUCUGUUAUUUAAUAGUUAUUAAAUAUUAAUAUACACACAGCUGUCUAUAAAUAAAUAAUACAAAUAUGUUUUAUAAUACGCUUAAUGCAUUAAGCUCAAAGAUAGUUAUAAUGUUUUUGCCUUCAUCUGGAUUUAAUAACAUAUUGGGUAUAUAGGUUUACAAAACAUAUGCUUAAAAUAGAUAGGUAUUGAGUUUGCUGAUGUAUAUGAAAUUAUGCAUAUAUUUAAGACAUUAUUCUACAUAGAAUGAUACAAUUUGUUUCUACGUUUAUAUAGAAUUACAUAAAAAUAUCAUAAUACAUAAUGACAAAUAGUUUAAUGAUAUACAUUGAAUAUUUUCCAAAAAAAAAUGUUUUUUUUAUUUUUGAGAAAUUCAUUGAUGAAAUUUUGUAAAGUGUUUUUAAGUGACUCUUAAUACUUAUAAAAUAUAUUUGUUGUAAUUAUAUUUCAGCUGGAAAAAUGGAUCCAUAUAUAAAACGAUGUGCCGCUUCUAAAAUAACAUCUGCAGAAAAAUUAAUGUAUAUAUGUAAAAAUCAAUUAGGUAUGUAAAAAGAAAACUAAAUAUUAUAUUAGAAACAAUUACAUGUUUAUAUUAAAAUACUUUGUAACAAAUUAUUAUAGAAAUAUCUUAAUUAUUUACAGGUAUUGAAAAAGAAUACGAACAGAAAGUAUUACCCGAUGGUAAAUUCAAUGUUGAUGGAUUUUUAUGUGUGUUCGAUGUGAGUGUAGUUCCAAGUCGCAGUAUAGAAAAACAAGUGGAAGCUGUUAAUAACAUUUUAACAAACUUAGUUAAAACCAAAAAACCAGUGGUUUUGGUGACUACAAAAAAUGAUGAAUUUAAUGAGGCUUAUGUCAGAGAAGUUGAAAAAUUAGUGGCUCGUAAAGAAUUUAAAGGAGCUAUACCAAUUGUAGAAACAUCUGCACAUCAGAAUAUAAAUGUAGAUACAGCAUUUAUUGUACUUGCACAUUUAAUCGAUAGAUUUAAAGGACGGACAAAAAUUGUUCCUUAUUUGGAAUCUGUUCGUAUGAGAAAAGAAGUUUUAGAUAACACUACUGAUGCAUACCAAACAUUAAUUCAACUACAGGUUAACUCAAUUUUAUUUGUGUAAUCAUUUUUGUGGGGUUUUAUUUUUUACAAGUUUUCUAAAUUAUAGGUCACUGAUUACCGUGCAUUAUGGAGCCAAAUUUCCAAAAAAAUUUCUAAAUGUGAGGAGUACAUUAAAUAUAGAGAAAUAUUUGGAUCAGAUAAAGCUCAAAGACUUUUCCGGAGACAUGUAAAAAUGUUAAAAGAUGACCAAGUUUCCAAAAAAAUUCAAAAUUACAUAGAAAUGUUGCCUGAUAUAUUACAAGAAUUAAUCCCUGAAAUUUCAACUUUAAAAGAUGGGUUAGUUAUAUUAUUUAAAAAAAUAGAGAAAUAAAUUUGUCUACACAACUAAUACAUUUUUCACCUAAUAUUUCAGUGAUUGGCCAACUGUUCAAAAACACAUCAGAGAACAUCCAAAUUUUAAGAGUUACUUUUAUGAAUGCCCUGAUGAUAUUCCAUGGACAGAAUGUGAGUUUGAUAUGGACAAUGAAGGAAUUGGUAAACGAAUUCCAUGUAACGUCUUAGAAACAGGAGAAGCAGAAUCAGUUUUCAAAAAUCAUGCAAAUAAUUUACAGUUGGAACAAAAUAGACAGGAGUAUGUAUUUAACACCUUAAAAUAGUAAAAUUAAUUUAUUCUUUUAUACCUAUAUUUUUUAAAUUUAGAUGGAAAAAUCAAUUUAAAAAAUUAUUACAAGAAGCAGGUUAUGUAACGCCUGGCAAGCCAAUGGCUGAAAUUAAAGUUCUUUUUAUGGGCCGUGAAUGUUUUGAAGCACUUUCUCCAGAUGAAUGUCAAUAUAUUUAUGAUAAACACCAAAAAAGUAUUAUUGAAAAAGCUAAACAUAACUUUCAGGUACUAUAAUUUGUAAACAGAUUAAAAAUUAAUAUACUUAUAUAUUUCAUAAUAUUAUUUUUAAUAUAGGAGUUAUUACUGGAACAUGCAGACCUAUUUUAUCAUUUCAAAAGUGUAGCUCCUACUGGAACAAUCACACAAGAUGAUAUAAAAGAAAUUACAGAUAAUCUCAAAGAUGAUUCUAGGUAGUGUUUUAUAUAAAUUUAUUUUGACAUUUAAUUAUUUUAAGGGGGUUGAGACAUUUUUAAUUUAAUGAGAAAAAUGUACUGCUAUAUGUAUUUGGUUUUCAAUGUAAUAAUAAUAACAUAAUUAAACAUAAAACAUGUUUUUCCAUGUAACAGAGAAAAUCAUGGUUUUUCAUUUUAUAUCUCAUUAUAUUCUUAAUAUAUAUGAAUAAUGCAUUUUCUUAUAGGUAUAAGGCAUUGGACAGAUUGGAUCAAGAUAGAAAAUUAAUGUUAUUUCAACAUUUGGGUUUUGUACAUAGUCCAAUAAGAGAAAAUUGUCCAGCUUUUCCAAAUUGUGUGGAUUUAUUGAUUGAAAAAUAUCUUACUGAAAAAGUUCAAAGGUAUUAUUAAAUUAAAUCACUGAAUCUAAUUUCCGAAUGUGAACUAAAUUAUUUAAUAUAUUUUAUUUUAUACAGACCUACUACUGGUAUUAAUAAACAAUGGGUGAUCAAAUCUGAAAAUAAUUUACAUUUAAUCAUACUAGGAUCUAAUGGUUUGGCAGAAGAAUUUUCUACCCAAUUAAAAGUAACUAAUUUAUUAUGAUUGCUGCAUUAGAGACUAAAUUAUCAAAUAAUAUUAAUUUUUUCAGGCACAGUGUGACAAUAAAAAUUAUGAACUAGAUAAUCACACUUACAAAUUAAAAUAUCGAGUAGUUAAUGGAGAUGUUAAUUUAUCACAAAAUUCAUUCCAAACACCUGAUUUUAAACCUAAUGGUACAUAUUAUCAUUAAUUAUAGAUAUUCAAUUUUAAAUAAUUUUUUUUUUUUUUAGGCUGUAUUUGUAUCUAUUCCAAUAGUGAAUCAUUUGAGUAUAUCAGGGAGAGCUUCGAAAAAACUUUAUUAUCUAAUCUAGAAAAGGAUGACAAACUUCCAUUUCAGGGGCUACCUAUAAUUUUGUUAUAUAUAAGUGAAUCUGGCAUUGGACAAAAAGAUUUAACCUUGUUAGAAGAAGGGCAAAGUUUAGCUGACAGGUAAUUGGAAAAAUUUGUUCAGUUUUUAUCGAUUUUGUAUUCAACAAAUAUAUUUGUUUGUUUUAUUAUUAUUAUGGUUAGUAAAAAUAAAAAUGAACCAUUUUUUAUUUUAUUUUGCCAGUUUACAAUGUCCAUUUAUUGAAAUGCCUAUGGAAAGUGGUGAUUCGUCUAUGUUUAAUACAGAUUUAAUUUCUAAAGCAAUGAAACUGCUUGUUGAAGGUAUAACACAUAGAAUUGGAUUUUUAAAUGAAUAUCAAUCUAUUAUGGAACAGUCUGAUCCUGAUAUACGGUACAAUAAAUAAUAAUUAUUUUUUUUUGUUAUGACUAAUUAGCAAUUAUUUUCAUUAUCUAGUAUUAUAAUAUGUUUGUUCUGUGGUGAUCCAUAUUCUGUUGAAAGUAUAUUGGCACCAUUGCUAAGUCAUCAGUGUUGUUAUUUAAAUGGUGACAGAAGUGUUAUCAUAGAAACUUUUCUUGGUACUACAAAACGUAAAAUAGAAGUUAUCAUAUCUUCAUAUCAUGGUGCAAAUGCAUUUCGUGAGGAAUUAGUUCAUGGAUUUAUAUUAGCUUACUAUGCUAAACGAAGAGCAUCACUAGCUACUCUUAAGUAAUUCAUUAAUUAUUCAUUUAAGAAAUAACAAUUUAAUACUAUUUUACAUUAUUGUUAUUCAUUUUAUUUUAGUGGGUUUUCAUGUAGUUCAUUUUCAACUAAUAUUUCAAACUUACCUAUUCAAAUAAUGGCAGUUACAGAAUCAGUAGGAACUAAUUCAUUUUUUAAUGAUAUAAGUCAACAACUUCUUAAUGAUGGAAGUUCAAUAGCUGAUAGAUUAAAGGCACAAUUUGUUACAACUACUGAUGUUUCAAUUCACAAAAGUAAGUAACUAUAUUUGUUGAUUGUUAAAGAUAAAAUCAAUUUAUUAUAUAAUUUUUUAAGGUUCAUUCUAUAAUCUAUUCUUCAAAGAUGUUUGGGAAAAGAAAUCUGAAAUUGAACAUGCUUUUCAUAUGGAAGAAUCUACUUAUAGAAAAAUAAAUCCUAUGUCUAAAAUGAAUCUCUCAUCACACGAAGGGUGAGAAUUAAUUUUAUUGUUAUCUGUGUAACAAAACUGUAACUAAUUAUAUUUUAGAAGUAGUAACGUGUAUGGAAUACUUCAAGAUGAUGAUAAUUAUUCUUUAACUCAGUCGCGAGAAAAUGUCUUGAGUCCUAGUGAAGACAGUGAUACUUUUUCACCAAUAGAAAAUAUGCUUCAAGGCACGAAUAAUAAUUUAGAUAAACAACAAGGUAGUGAUCAAAGUUUAUUAUUUUUGUUAUAUUUUGCAAUAAAAUUAAUAAUAAAAUUCAGUUUAACCCCUGUCAGCUUAGGAGAUAGAUUUAUAAAAAAAAUUGUUUGAGAAUUCAAUCAAAAUUUUAAAUCCAUUUUCCCAAUAUUAAAAACAAUCAUAUUUUAUAUAGAAAAUUAUUAAUUUUUAUGAGGUUUAUAAGCUAUUUUUAUAUAUUACUCAGUGUUUAAAGACUUCAGUUCAUAAAAUGCAUCAAGUAUCAUUCAUAAACACAGUUUAUAUUAUAUGUGUGUAUUAUACUUAAACUUAUAACAUCAUAUACAACUUUAUCCAAACAUGAAUUGUUUCUUUUUGGAACAAGUUUAUUUUAUGGUUCCUACUCACAAGCUUAAAUUUUUUUAUUUUCAAUUUAAGUUUUCGAUGAUAAGAGUAUAUUUUAGACAAAAAUAGUUUUAAAAUUUUUAAAAUUUUAAAUAGUAUGCAAUGUAUUAAACAAUAUUAUAGGUUAUAGGGAAUCUGCUUACCAUUAUAACUAAUAUUGUGUGGUACUCGAGUGCAUCAGAAUAGAGAAUACAGACCUAUUAACCUAGGGGUAAAAAAGUACCUAGGAAUGUAAAUUACUCUUGUAAGGAAGUUAAUAGAAAGCUAAAUAUUGCUGUGUGAGAGAGCCUUAAAUCACCUCCAUUUGCUCCCUCAUUUUGGAAUUUUUAUUGAAAUGCCCCUAUUGGUUUUAUAUAAAACCCAUGUUGGGUUAGUAAGAAUAUACUAUCAUUAAUAUAAAAAAACUAAAUUUGUGAAUGGGUUGUUACAAUGCAUAAAACCUUCUUUUUACUUAUUACUUAUUAGUAUUUUCUCCUCCUGUUAUUAAUUCUUUUCAGUAAUUUAAUAUCCACUUUUUUAUUUGGUAUUAAUUAAUAAGGUAAGUCUCAAUUGUUUGAUAUAUUUUUGUUAAUAGGUCAUGUAUAUGUAUAUUAUUAAAAAUAUGGUUUCUAAUGUUGGUCAUUACUCUUUGAAUAUAUAGCAUUUCCUUGACUACACAAUACAAAACUUGAUGAUGACAUUAAAGUAUGACACCAUGACUAAAAUCUCAGAGAUACCUCCAGGUAUUCUGCAAAACAUGAAAAAUACUUAGGAGUAGAAUUGAUUGAGGGAAAACUCUAAUAUAUGUAAUAGUAUGUAUUGUAUAUCUUGGCAAUUGAAUCAUCUGACAUGAAUAUUUUAGGUCCCUUCUCACCUCUUUAAAAUAGCACCUUAUAAAAAUUAAUUCUUCCACAGUUGUAAACCUUCUGUAAUAAUAGUUAUGAUGACUUGUUUUUUUUGUAUAGUUCCUCCAAUAGAAAAACCUUCUGCACAUCUGUUAGUAUACAAUAAAAACAAUAUCAGCUUUAUCUAUCCCUGUUUCUAGACAUUUCAAUAUAAAUAUCAUUUUCUGCAUUCUUUUAAGCCAUAAUGUUAUUAUUCUCUAACAAGCUGUUGUGAUGGCUAUUGCAAUUUACAUUGCUGAGAAUCAUUCUACAUUAUACACAUAAAAUCUCUGUUGUUAUAGUUAACAUCACUAUAUCAUUGCAACAUCAUUGUAUCACUGUUGGAACAAUAUGUUUUUGCUUAAAAAUCUUAAAUAAUAAAUAUAUUAUAAUUUUAACAAAAUUUAAAAAUAUUUAAAGGACAAGAAAGAGGAGUUUUUUUGUAGUCUUCAAUCAUUUGCCUCCCAACUACCCACUGACUCUAUGAUUCAUCACAACCAACUAGUGGCAAAACCAAGUUGACUCAAGGUUCACAGAUUCCCCUUUGGCCUAAUAAAUAUUUUUUAAAAAUGUAUAUUUGAAAUUUUUAUUUUUCAUUUAUAAAUUCAAAGUUUAUUGAAUUUUUCCCAAAUAUAGAGAUUAUUUUGUCUGUGUAUAUUUUUAUAAUGUAGUAUUUGUAUAUCUCUCCCUUCUUAUAUAUUUAAACACUUAAAAACUCCCUCUGGACCAAAAGAACUAUACUCUUUUAUAGGCAGAUGGAAGUGAUAAAAUGUUAGCUGAAUUUCAACAUGGACUUUUGUAACUGGAAAAGUGUUUUUUUUUAGCUUUGUAUACCUUUUUAAACCCUUUUAAAUGAUGCUAGGGAAAUGAAAUUUUGUAUAUACAUAGUGAAUGUUCAAGAAUAUGCCUUUUGGUGGUUUAAAUUUUUAAUCUCCUUUCCAAACAUUUUUAUGCUCGGAUUUCAUGUUCUUACAGAAAAUACUUGUUUUUGAGGAUGUGAAAAUUUGAACCUCCAACCCCCUGACCCUAUAGUCUGUUUAUAUAUUAGCAAAUAUAUGUGAUAGUUAUAGUGUUUGGUAUUUCAUUAGAGCAAUACUCAAAAUUGCAUUAAUUAUUAGGUAUAUAUAACUUAAAAAUGUGAAUUUUGUUUUAUAAUGAAAUCAUGUUUAAAUCCCCUUAAGCAAAUCCUAAUUCUAUCAUUGCAAUCAACUAUGUUUGGUUAUGAUAACUUUUAUACUUUUUGACUUUUCAUUUUGUGAUUUUUUUUUCUCGUAAAAUAUAUUUAUGGAUUAGAGUCAAUUCAUAUAUUAUCACUGAAUUUUUGACUUCCACAAUGAUAACACCAAAUCAAUAGGUUUAUUAGUUUUAAACUUAUUUUUCACAAGCUACUGAUCAACAAUUAUUGUUAAUCUUAUUAUAUUUUAUACCAAUUCCAUUAAAAAAAGAUUUCAUAUUGUUGAUAUGUUACUUCAAAAAAUUAAUAAUAUUUAAAAUAGUAUUUUAUUUGUCAUAAUUAAGUAAACAAAAUUAGGGUUACUUUAAUACUGAUAUGAAUAUACACUCGCUUAGGUGGUGCAGAAAAUUCGGGCUUUCAGGUGUACCCUCAAUCUUCAACGCCUCCUGAACCCGCUCCGCCUGACUAUACUGGAUUCUGUGUCGACAACAAUUCACAGAUGGUUACUUCAAAUUCCAGUCUAGAUGAAAUCACAUGUAACAAAAAUAAAAUUCUUCAAAAUUUUCAAUGUGGUUUCCCAUUUAUAAUUAACAAAUCAUUAUUAUUAUUUUUAAACAUGUUUGCUCAUACACAUUUUUAUCUUCUUCAAAUUAAUUAAUCGGCUUUUUAUCAUUUCUUUCAAGAUUUUAUACAUGUUGCAUGUUAAGUCAUUACUGUUUAUUUUUAAUUAUAUUUUAUUAUUUUUUGAUAGCAUGUUUUUGACCUGCAUCAUGUUAAAAUAUAUAUGUAUAUACAUAUUGUGAUUAAAAUAGAACUAGAAGUGAUUUAAAAAUUAUAACAAAUUAUUUAACUAAUAAGUGUAUAGAGGGAUAAAAUAUUCAACUACUAGUACAAGAUUUUUAUUCACAUACUUCAUCAGAGCCGGAUUUAGUAAUGGAGAGACCCGGGAAAAAGGAUAGAUUGAUAACUAUUUUCUGAGGUUUUCAUAAUAUAGGUCUUAGUUAAGUUCUUAAAAUAAUUUAAUUUCAAAUAUUCCUUAAUAAAAAAUGUCCAUAUUUUUAUUAUUGUUUAUAUCACUCUAAAAGUAUAUAGUUGAGAAUUAAAAUUAGAUUCAAAAUUAUAAUAAAUAUUUAAACAAAAAUCGCCCACACACAUUUUUAAUUGAUAAUGAAUAUGAAAAUAUGGUAUUUUUAUUUCAAGACUACAAUUAAUAGUUAAUACUUAUAAUUAACAAUUAAUAGUUAUAAAUACAUUUUUAUUAUAUAUAUAUAUGGCACGUGGUUCUAAAUCCGGCCCUGUACUUUAUACAAUGCUUGAAUAUUUUAUGCAUUUUAAUGAAUAUGACACCAACCAUCCCUGAAUAAAUCAUUUAUUAAAAAUGGUACACUUAGUUUUUCUCUAUUUUUUUUUUCUUUAAUUAUUAGGAUCUAAAUCAAUUGUGUACAUGAUUGUAAUGUUCUAUUUUUAGUUACUGUAGAAUUAGUCUGACCCACACCUAACCUUAUUAUAUUUAGUUACUUUCAUCCUACAUCCGAUAAUGUUUUUAUUGUUGUUAUUACUAUUAACACAUCUUAUCAUUUAGACUAUAUUUGACUGCAAUAAGUAUGCUUGGUAAAAUUUAAAAAAAAUCAAUAUUAUAAUACAAAUUUCUUCUGAUUUAAAAUUUUGAACCAACAACCAAAUUCUCAUUUGUUUUUAAAAUGCAGCAGAUGUUAGUGGAUCGAGAGAGUCAUUAAGAACACAGGAGUCAGGUAGUUUUAUUUAGAGUAAAAUUACUAAAAUACUUAACAUUUUGUAACAUAAGCCCUAAUAUUUUUUUUUAUUUAAUUAAUUAUUUUUAUAUUUUUAGGAUGGGUAGAUGAUUCUAUAUUUAUGCAAUGUCCACCAAAUGAAAGUUUAUGGAUAAAUAACUAUUCAAAACAUGCUUUUACAACUGGUCGUCAUCAUAUGUCUAAGUCUCGGUUUAAAAAUAAUAAUCAUACAUUAAAGGUAUUAAGAUUUGAUACUAUACACAUUUACUUACCCUGGCUUGAAAAAAAAAAACAUUUGAUACUUAUUAUUAAAAUAAUCAUUACAAUUGUCUUUUAUUCUCAAAGUUUUUUUAUGUUUUUUUAAUCAUUGUUCUGAUUUUUAACAGCAACCUGGUAAAUUGAAUAUGAAAGAUUAUACACUUGUCACAGACGCCAUCUCACGAAUGAAUCUCAUAACUAAUAAAGAAAUCUAUAACCCAAAUAUGAGCUGUGCACCAUUAGCAACACCAGAGAAUGUAGAUUUAGGUUCAGAAUUUGCUCAGGUUUGUAUUUUUUAAUUGAGAUAACUAUUAAAUAAAAUUAUAAUAUAAAAUUAAAAUGUUAAAUUACUUUCUAGGUGAAAGAUACAGCAUUAAGCCAUUAUCCAUGUGAUGCUGAGUUUUCAUAUUCAUUAGCUCCAGAUAAUCUUACUCCAUCUAAUAAACUUAAAAUAAGGCAUCGCAGAGAAAAAGGAAGACCUCGUAUGUUUAUUUUCAUUUGAUUAAAUUUAAACUUUUACAUAAUAUUUAUGUGGUUUUCAGAUUAUUCAGACUCCGACAGCGAUGAAUGGAGUUCUAUAGAAAGACGUGAACCAUUAUAUAAUUCAUCAAAUGAUACAUUUUCUAAGUUAUCUCGUAGAUCAGCUACUCAAAAACGUUCUAAAAGAAAGAGAACUGCCAUACCUGUACCUACACCUAAAGUUCCAUCACUAAAUCAAUCUUCUAAUGGAUCUAACAUGAAUUUCAACUCAUUAUCUGGACAACUUGGUAAUUUUUAAGAAUAAUAAUUAAACUAAGAAUGAUAUCUAUAUUUUAUAAAUGUUUAUUUAUUUAUUAGUGCUUAAAUAUUUUAAUUUAAAUUAUUUUAGUACCCAAUAAUUUACCACCACCUCAUCAUCAUAAUUCAGACUCCUCAACUGAUAAUUCUGAUGAUAAAACUAAUGUUUGGGUUCAUCCUUCAAUUAGACAAAUGGAAAAACGUUCAUUACGGUAUAAACGUAAACAUAUGGUUAUACCUCAACCGCCAAUUAUUCCAUCUGGACCUAUGAAUAACAAAGAUUAUCAUGGUGUUACUGAAAAUGAAACUAUGUUUUUUAGUAGAUGUGAGUAGGAAAUUUUAAUUUAUUUUUAGAUAAAUUCUAAUAAUAUUAUUUUUAGCUUCACAUAUGCAAGAAAUGAGUUAUAGUAUUGGGGAAGAAUCUAGUAUUGAUUUAUCAUCACCAAUUUUUCUAAAUUCGUCAUCAGUAAGUUUUAUAAUUUAUAAUAAUACAUAAAAAUAAAUUUACUUUUAUUUAUAUUACCUCUAAAUUUUAUAUGUUUAAAUAAAUGUAGGGGAAAAUAAUUAGUUUAUUUGAUUUAGUAAAAAAUAUUUGGUAUAGGUCGUUCUUUAGAAGCAUUUUUAAACUAUCAUAACAAUUAAUUGUAAAAUUAUACCUUUAAAUUAAAACAUUAAUUUAACUUAAAAUCUGUAAUUAUUAAAUAGUCCAAGAGAAAUUGUUUAAUGAUUAAGUUGACAUUUAUUCUGCUAUUCUAGUAAACUCUGUGUAUUCAUAAAAUUAUAAUAUUUAACUUUAAGAUAAUAACAAAAUAUUGUAUACUUUUUAGACUAUAUCCAAUUUAAAGGGGAAAGAUGAUAAAUCCAUAAGGCGAAAGGAAAAACAAAGGAUUAAAGAUGAAGUCAAAUUAGAAAAAAGACGAUUGAAAGAAGAAAAGGUAAAGAAGAUUGCUGAAGAAAGAAUCCAAAAAAAGAAAAACAAAGUUAAAAUUGGUUGCUCACCUAUAACACAUCAACCAACAUUAGAAAAUUUUGUCCAGUCUGAAAACAAUGUCAUUCCAUUAUUGUUAGAAAAAUGUGUCAAAUUUAUUGAAUGUGAGGGAUUGGAUUCUGAAGGUCUAUACAGAGUGCCAGGAAAUCGAUCUCACGUUGAACUUUUAUUUCAGAGAUUUGAAGAAGGUAAUAAGUUUAACAUAUACAAUUAACUAAUGUUACUGGUAAAAUGAUCUUCAGAAAGAAUAAAACAAUUAUUAUCAGUUAAUCACAUAAUUAUUUAUAUAUUUCAUUAAUAAUUCUAUAAUAUUUAUACUAUUUUCAGAUAAUGAUAUUAAUGUUACAAGUCUUGAUAUACCUGUGAAUGCAGUAGCUACAGCAUUAAAAGAUUUUUUUUCAAAGAAAUUGCCUCCCUUAUUUAGUGACACCUUAAUGGAUGAAUUGGAAUAUUUAUCUGGUAAUAAAUUUUACUUUGUGUAUAUUAUUAUUUAAAUAUUAAUGUCUGUAAAGUGAAAGUCACUAUUCUUAAAACGUCAUCCAGAAUUUUUUGUUUCAGUUAAAGCUGACAGAAGUUGCAGGCUGAUGGCUCUCAGAAAUCUUUUAAAAAAAUUACCAAAUGUAAAUUUCGAAAUUCUUAAAUUUAUAUUUCGCCAUUUUGUAAAGUAAGAUAAUAAAUUGCAAUAUUAUUACCAUUUAUUAAUAUUAAUUCUAAAUUCAAUAAUUUUGUUGUAUUAUCAGGGUUGCAGAAAAUUGUAAAGCGAAUAGUAUGGAUUCUAAAAAUUUAGCUAUAUGCUGGUGGCCAACAUUAUUACCGAUUGAAUUCAACGACAUGGGCAGAUUUGAACAACUAAGGCCUCACUUGGAAGACACUGUUCAAACAAUGAUAGACCAAUAUCCUUUUUUAUUUUGUGGCAAAGACGCAUUUGUCAUGGUAUGAAAAACAUGAAUAUUCAAAUGGACAAAAGAAUGUAAUAUAUUAUAAUAAUUUAAAGGUUGUUUUUGCCUAUAAAUUAAUGUAUAACUACAACUAAUAUUAAUCCUAGCCAAAGAUAAAAGUUAUGUAUGUUGUUUUUUUUAUUUAGAAUAAUAUAAUAUUAAGUAACCUCUGUGUGUUUACUAUUAUGAAAUUAAUAUUAAUUUCAAAAUUAAAAGUUACAUUAGAGAAUCUAACAAAGUUAGACAAUUAUCAUUAAUUAAAAAUUGGGCCACUAAGUACAAUUUUAAAAUAACAAACUUUGGUCUUUACAUUUUUUUGUAUACAUAUAAUAUAAAAUGUACAUAUAAGUUUGUAGUGAAUUUAAAUUGUUUGGUACAACCAACAUGUCUAUGGUGCUUAUUAGCAAUAUUAUUAGUUGCAAAAGAUAAAUUUAAUAAUACUAUUUUAUUUUGCAUGCAACUUUAAUGUUAUUGAUUGUCAGUGAUUCAUAUUUAAUAAUUUAUUAUAAUAUCAGAAGCUAGAACCACCAAUCAAUACUCUUAUUAAUGCAAAUAUUUAAUGAAUAAUAUUAGAUAAAUUAAAUUUCACUAAUUAAAUCUAACUAAAGUUUAUAAUUUUCUUACUUAUUCUAGUCACUUCUCUAAAUUAUUUUAAUAUUUUUAAGAAUGUAAGAAAUUGUUUUUAAUUAUAUUCAUUUUAUGUGUUUUAUAAAUGAAUAUAUAAAUUAUCUUUAUCUAAUCAUUAUCCCUUUAAAUUAGAUACCAAUUGUUAUAAUCACACAAUAUUAAUUCUUAUUUAUAAAAUAAGUUGGUUUUGUUAGGAUUAAUUGACACUAGUUUUAAAAUUAAGAAAAAGUAUCUAUGAGUAUUACUUAAAAUUAUCUUUCAUUAAAAAUAUUUAAAUCCUUUAAUCUGUUUUUUAGAUUAAAGCUUAACAUUUUUACAUAUGUUAUGAAUUAUUAUUGAACAAAAUAUUUCACUUCUUAUUUCCCAUGAAUUUAAAUAUUUAAACUAGCAUAAUUACAUCAUCCUUAAUACUAUUCAUUUAUUUUUUCUUCUUAUAUCAAAAAAAUAUUAAUAUUAAUUAGUUUUAAAGAAUACACUAUUCCUAUCUUUAGGAUUUUUACCAUUUAACAAGUUAUUGAUUUUAAUUUUUACCAUAUUAGAGUAGGUAAAAUUUAAUUUUAAAUAUUAUUUAUACAGGUUUUUAUAUGUAUAAAAAGAAAUAAUAGUAAACACAAAAUUAAAUUUUCAUUACAAUAAUGUAAUUAUAUUUUAUCUAUUUUUUAUGAGUAUAAUUUGUAUACAUACAUUAAUAAUAAAUUAUUAUAAUAAUUGUCAUGCACAUUUAUAUUAAUAGCAACAUGAUAAAACUAUAAAUUUGUAUACUAAUUUAUUAAUUUCCUAAUCUAUUGUUCUCAAAAUCAAUAUUAAUUAUGUUAGUACAAUAAAAAAAAUGAUACUCAAAUUUUAAACAACCAAUAUUUUGUUCAUAUUAUUUAUUUAAAAGUAUGUAACACCAUGGAUAAGUAUUAAAAUUACAUCUCUACCUUUAAACACAUAACACAAUAUCAUGUCUCCAAUUUAUACAUUUUUAUUGUGACUUUUAUGUGUAUAUUAACAAUAAUUUAUUAUUAUUAUAUUGUUGAUACAUCAAUGUACACUUGCAUCAGUUCGAAAUUAAUUGUAAAGUUUCAUUUUCAACAUCUUAAACUAAAUAAUGAAAUGAUCUAUGUAGUAGUUAUAUAAUUAUCAUUAAAAUAAACAAUUAAUUUGAUUAACUGGUGCAAGUUUAAUGUGGAAUUGUAUUAUUUAUAGAUCAUGGACUAUAUUUCUAGUCAAAGAAUUAUAUUUCGUUAAUUUAAUAUAAGUAUCUCAAAACAAUUUAAUUGGUUUUUUUUUUUUAUACUAGUUUAAUAUUACACCAUAAGACUAAGUAUAUUAAUAUCAGCAAUUGACAGCUUUUAUUGUUAAUUAUUAUAAAGUACACCUUCUGAAAUAUGUAACAAUAAAUUCUAUCACUCAAAAUGAAACCAUUAAAAAAUAACUCAACCGAACAAAUAAAAUAUUUUGCAUUCAAUAUUAAAGGAGAACAUCAUAUAUUAUUCUAAUAUUAUAAAUACUUGUGCAUACAUUUAAAUUUAAUGUAUACAGAUAAAUCAAUAUUGAAACAU